CAAGAGUUUAUAGAUAUAGAAAUCUACCUCAUGGAGGUGUUUCAUUAUUUUUUAUCUACAAUAUAUAGCUUUCGAUUGGACUCCAUUGCCAUCAAAAGUCACCUAUUGAAGAAGAGUCAGAAGACAAAAAGGAAAGGUAUAAAGAGCAAAAAUGGUAGAGUUUUGCAAGAUUUCAGAAGAGAUAGUGAUGCAAAUCCUAUCAAGGACGCCUCCUAAAUCUCUAAUGCGAUUCAAGUGUAUCCAGAAGUCAUGGAAUUCUAUGAUCAAUGAUCCACAAUUUGCAGCUAAACAUCUUCACUUUUACAACAACCCAUCUUCAUCCACUGCCUUCCUUGUCAAGCGUCCUGUCAUCCUCAGAAGCGAAACAAGCAAUGAGAACGUUGUACUUUCAUAUCUUCGUCUAGAAACUUAUACUAAUGGUGAUGAUGAAGACCUUCAUUUCGUAGUUGAAGACAUCAUUUGUCCACCUUUUAAGGGUCUAAAGGCUCGGGGCCAAUUUAUUGAGCUCCCUAGACGUGAUGAUUCUGUGUAUAUCAUUAGUCAUUGUGAUGGCAUCAUUUUUCUGACUCUGUAUACCGGCGACCUUUUCUUGUACAAUCCAGCAAUCAAAGAAUUCAAGAUUAUUCUAGCGUCAUGUUGUCAUGAUUGUUGUUGGAGCACGGUGGGAUUUGGAUAUGAUCUCAAAUGUAAAGAUUACAUAAUUCUAGAAAUUGCUUGUUAUGGUGAGACAAAUUAUAACGAUCCUCAGCGUCUCGUUGUUGAUCCUCCUAUAGCUGCAGUUUACACACUAGGCAUUGAUUCUUGGAGAGAAAUCAAGACUGAUCACUUACAAACUGAAGAUACCUACUUUUGGCCUACCGCGUUCGAUUUGUACUCGAAGGGAAUUUUCUAUUUGUUUGGUUAUGAGGAAAAGAAGGAGUUCUUGGAUGACAUGGAAAGAUGUGAGGAGACAAACAAGCAAGUGAUGAUUUUGUAUGAUACAAGAGAUGAGCUAUUUCAUAUUGCAAUGCUUCCGGAUAGUUUCAAUGAGCCUGCAUGCGGCGUUCAUGAUAUUCAUGUUGCAUUGUUGAAUAAGUCCAUUGCUCUUUAUGGGUUUAGCAUUUUCGAAUCAAUUCAUUCCAUUCAAAUAUGGGUAACGGAUGACAUUCGAGGCGCUCAGGAAUAUUCUUGGACAAAAUAUUUGUCCCUAAAUCCGGUAGAUAAUGUUCGGAGGUCAUUGGCCUUUUGGAAGAUCGACGAGGUUCUUAUGAUUGCCAAAGAUGGACGUGUAGUCCUCUGUAACCUCCUUACCGGAAAACUCAAGUAUUUUCCCAUUCAUGGCCUGCACCUAGGAGAUGAUAUUCAGGGCAUUGUUUGUGUGGAUAGUAUAGUUCCACUUAAUGGAAGAGAAUUAUCUAGACAUUAAGACAUACAAUUUUUUACUAUGCCUUUUUUCCUUUUUUGGAUAAAUGAUAACUUUAUUGCAUUUUGUGUGGC